GGAUCCUGUACGACACCUACCCGCUGUCGGAGGAAACCUGGCACACGCAUCAGUUCACCUUCAUCAAGGACCAUGCCUUCCGCUUGCUGCAGCCCGGCGGGGUCCUCACCUACUGCAACCUGACCUCCUGGGGGGAGCUGCUGAAGACCAAGUACACCGACAUCGAGAAGAUGUUUGAGGAGACCCAGGUCGGGCACCUGGUGGAGGCCGGGUUCAAGAAGGAGAACAUCAGCACGACGGUGAUGGACCUGGUCCCCCCCGCGGACUGCAGGUACUACUCCUUCCACAAGAUGAUCACACCCGCAGUCCUGAAGCACUGA